ACCUAAAUUCCUUCCUAUAAAUACAUCGACACAAACAUCUUAUAUGUACCCACAAAGUAAAGAAAGUUACAUUAUUUAGCAAACAUGACUUCCUCUGCUAGUAAAUUCUAUACCAUCUUCAUUUUUGUCUGCCUUGCCUUUCUCUUUAUUUCCACAUCUGAGGUGGAAGCAAAACUUUGUCAAAAGCGAAGUACAACAUGGUCAGGACCUUGUCUUAACACAGGAAACUGCAAAAGACAAUGCAUUAAUGUGGAGCAUGCUACUUUUGGUGCUUGUCAUCGUCAAGGCUUUGGUUUUGCUUGCUUCUGCUACAAAAAAUGUGCUCCAAAGAGUAUAUUGUUAACAUUAUUCUUUAAAACGAUUAUUAAAAUGCCAAAACUAAAAUAUAACAAUAUAAAUGUAACAAUUAAUCAUUAUGAUCGAUGCAUAUCACCUCCAGAUAUAUGUGAGGUGGAACCUAAACUUUGUGAAAGGCGAAGCAAAACAUGGUCAGGACCUUGUCUUAUCUCAGGAAAUUGUAAAAGACAGUGCAUCAAUGUUGAGCAUGCAACUUCUGGUGCUUGUCACCGUCAAGGCAUUGGUUUUGCUUGCUUCUGCAAGAAAAAAUGUUGAGUACUUUGUUUAUGAUCAAUCAAUUUCCACCUUUAUUAUGAUAUUUCACAAAAUAUAUAAAAUAAGAGUUUGAAGAAACUACAAAGUAAGUCUAAACGAAUUUUAUACGUCAAUAAAAUUUACUACUUUGUCUAUCAUUUCAUUUUUAUCAGUAUAAUUUGAAUAAAAGUGUACAAAGUGACAAAGUAGUAAAUUUUUAUUGCAUAUAGUGUAGAAUUAAUUUACACUUUACUUUGUAGGCUCCUUCAACUCAUGAAUAAUGGGUGGAAAUGAAAAAUAUUUUAGUUUUAUUUUAUAUGUAUGUUACUAUGCAAUAUUAUAUUGCAUAUGUUUGUAUGUUA